AAGCAGGAGGCAAACAUAUCUCUACACUCUGAUUUCUUUUACUUCCCACUUCCACGCUCCUUCCAAAUGUCCCAAAACCAAUGUCUUUCUCUCCCCACUAUUUCUUUCCCUCCCUUAUAUAAACCUUUCCCUCAUCUAACCUCUUUAAUUACAGCCCUAACUUCCUUUCACUCCCCAUUUUCCUUCUCACUCUCUUAUCCUUUGCCAGUGCUGAAAACAUGACAACUUCCACAUCCACUUCCCUAGCGAUCUCACCCAGAAAGCUUCGAUCUGAUUUGUACUCAUAUGCUUACGGUCAAGAAGAUUCGAACACCCCAUUAGUGGUUAAUGUCCUUGCUUCUCUUAUUGAGAGAAGCAUGGCCAGAAACCAGAGGAUCGCCAAGAAUUGUAGCUCAUUGUAUUUGUCCAGAGACUUAAGGACUCGGAUUUUCGAUUGCCAUGAAACCCCGGACAUGACGAUUCAGAGCUAUUUGGAAAGAAUUUUCAGAUACACUAAAGCAGGGCCUUCGGUUUAUGUGGUUGCUUAUGUCUAUAUCGAUCGGUUUUGCCAAACCAAUCCUGCGUUUCGGAUAAAUAUUCGAAAUGUUCAUAGGCUUCUCAUUACUACUAUCAUGGUCGCUUCCAAGUAUGUCGAGGACAUGAAUUAUCGAAAUUCUUACUUUGCAAGAGUUGGGGGAUUAACGACGGACGAUUUGAACAAUUUGGAGCUCGAGUUUUUGUUCUUGAUGGGAUUCAAAUUGCACGUGAAUGUAAGUGUGUUUGAGAGCUAUUGCUGUCAUUUAGAAAGAGAAGUUAGUAUUGGAGGAGGUUACCAUAUAGAGAGGACAUUAAGAUGUGCAGAGGAAAUCAAAUCAAAGCGGAAUGAAGAAAGAAGAUAUAAUAUGCAAAUAGCUCGUGUUAUGUUGUAGACUUUUUGAGUUUUUGUUUUUCUAUUUUUUUUUUAAUUUUUAAUUUUUAGUAUGAUUGCUUGCCAUGAAAUGGGUGGUAUGGCAAUUCUUGUGUACAAAUCAAUGUAUAGUAUGCUUAAAAGGCAAAAACAGAGUGAUGUGAAAAUGUUGUGGCUUUUUUUUGUUUAUGACAUCAAAUGGAAUGCCAUGACUUUUUGCUCGAAA